GCAAUGCCAGGUAAAUCUGCUAGUAAUACAUAACCAGAGUCACAAUCUCAUCGCUGCCUCAUUGGUGGUUCUUGAGCUGGCUGGAUCUCCCUGAGACCCAGCCCUUUGUAAUCCUGGUUAAUGGGUUACUGCAAUUAAACCCUAAUGCUCUAGGGCCUGGUACUUUUGUUCUGUCUUUUUAAAAUGUCCUCCUUGUUCCUCCGCAUCGCAUGUUUCCUCCUGAAAUUCCCCUUUUCUUUUUAAUAGCUUCCUGCUGCCUCGUGCUCCCAGCCAAAGGGGGAUAGUUUCCUCCCCCUCCACCCAUGCUCAGUGUUAUGCUUGGAGCAAAUCGGCUGCAAGCAGGGAAGUUUAUUGGAAAGCACUCGCUUUUGUGUUCAUUAAAAAAGGGUCCUUUUCCCGUGGGCUGCCUUUGCUGUCUGUCUGAACGUUUACCUAUCAGUGGCGCUUUAAUAAUGGCAAGUAAAGGCAGGGGAUGUCAGAUAAAGCCACGCAAAGCUGCCAUUUAAAUCCUCUUGUGUACGUUUGAUAGCCAAAGUGGAAGCACAAAUGCCAUAUAAGUCAAUUAAAGCAUUAAGUAAUCUAAUUGUGUUGGGGCCACAAAGUGGCUUAAAGGCUGAGAGAGGCGAACUCCCACUCCCAUUCCCCCCCGAACUCCCACUUCAGCAUUCCCCCGAGGCCUUUGUGAAGGAGUAAAGGGGGAGGGAUGUUAGGGAAUGGGCGGCGGUUGGUGGUGAGAACAUACAUAUACAAGGACAACAAUGGUCUAAGCCAGGAACUGGGGAAGGGGGGAGUGUGUGUGUGUGUGAGUGUCCGUGUGUGAUAUGAUCGGCGUUCCAAAGGCCUCCUUGUCCUGGCCUUGAGAUUGUGGAAUUUGUGUUGCGCUCAGCCUGGCUCCUUCUCUGUCUUUGUUCAUUAGCGGAGAAGAAGAAGGACGGUGCAAUUAAAGCCACUGACCUCCGGAGAAGGGGGAUAUGCUGUUAGCAUUCCUCCAGCACGGCCUGCCCUGGGCUGUUUCAUUGUGUGCAGCUUUUCCCAAGGUGGACACCUUUCUGCACAUCGCUGCCCAUUUCCAGUGGGAGAUAGUGAGCCUCAAUCUUGCUGCGGGAGUAAAUCUAUUGCAGCCAGUGGAGAUAACCAAAGCGAACACCCAUGUGUCAGCAAAUCUUGCUCCGGCUCUGUUGAAGAUGCACUGGACACCAGAGCAUGCCCAGCCCCUGAACCAGUGGCCAGAGCAGCACCUUGAUGUCUCUUCCACCACCUCCUCGCCGGCCCACAAAUCGGACCUCUACCACAGCAGCCGGCAGCGCUUCAACUACGCCUGGGCCAACGACGACAUCUCCGCCCUGACGGCCUCCAACCUCCUUAAGAGGUACGCGGAGAAGUACUCGGGGGUGCUGGAGUCGCCCUACGAGAGGCCAGUGCUGAACAGCUACGGCGAUGGAGCUUUUGGGCCGCUCAACGGUCAGAAAGGGGACGUCGAGCCUUGGCCGAUGUCUCACGGCGCGGACGGUGCCUACCCCCUGAACGCCAUGCACGAUGGACUGCCUGGCUCAAAGGGGGUGGUCCCUUCUGGCCCAGGAAACGGGCCCGUCGGCCUUGGCAGCUCUCCCGUAGUCCCAGGCAACCUCGCAGAUCCCAUGUAUCCCACCAACGCAUGCGGGGGAGCUGCCGGCUCCAGCGGCCUUGGCUCGGCUCAGGGGGAUACCCCACAAAAGGCCUUUGAUAUCCCUGGGGGGGAGGACGAAGGUGAGGGCAGGUACAGGAAAUACAGCUACGAGCAACCAAAGUCCACCCCCGAGUCGCCAUACCAGAUGUCCGACAACAGCGAAUGUAGAGGCAACGGCUUCAGUCGAAGCACCGAGGCCUCCCAGCUGCCCUUCAAGGCUGGGAAAAGGCCAGCAGGAGCAGCCACAACUGUGGCCUUGGAGGACCACGUAGGGAAGUACAGCAGCCAGCCCAUGAAAGGCCUGGUCUCCCCUCCGUUUGGUGCUGGGGAGGCCCCUUUGAGGGCCAGGGAGAGCUUUGAGAAGUUCACUCCUCCCCUUGCCAAUGGCGAGCGUGCAGGUGGGGAGCCGGGCCACACUUUCAGCCACGGUAUGCAGGCCAAGCCACAGGUAUUCAGCAGCCAGCCCGUGGAAGAGCAGCUGAAAAACAUGGACCCCCUGAUCCUAGAGCUGGUGAACAACAAAAUCGUCGAUUGCAGCCCUCCCGUCCAGUGGACAGACAUCGCUGGCCAGGUCUCUGUCAAAGCCGCCAUCGAGGAAGAGCUGGUGUGGCCUAUCCUGAGGCCUGGGGCCUACACUGGGGAGAGCCGGCCACCCAGGACCAUCCUGCUGUUCGGGCCUCGUGGGGCAGGGAAGACCCUGCUGAGCAGGUGCAUUUCCACCCAGCUGGGCUCCACCUUCCUGAAGCUGAGCGGGACGGCCCUCCUUUCCAAGUGGAAGGGCGAGGCUGAGAAGAUCCUGCAGACGGUCUUCUUCGUGGCCAACUGCCGGCAGCCGGCGGUGGUGCUCAUCACCGAGGUGGAGUCCCUCCUCGUGGCCUGCAGUGGUGAAGAAGCCACCCAGGUGAGUGGCCUCAAGUCCCAGCUGCUUUCCUACCUGGACAACAUCGCUACCUCAGCCGAGCAGAAUGUCGUGGUCAUAGGGACGACCACCCGGCCCAGCAAUGUGGACGAAGCCUCCCAGAGAAGGUUCACCAAGCGGUUCUACAUCUGCCCGCCCGACAGCAUCGCCCGGCGGCAGAUCCUCCACCACACCUUGGCCCAGCAGAACUACUGCCUCAGCGAAAGGGAGAUGGCCUCCCUUGUGCAGCACACCGAGAGCUACUCAGGCAGCGAGCUCAUCCAACUGUGCCAGCAGGCUGGCCCCACCAAACUCCACGGCCUGCCCGGCCAGCUGCAGCCCACCUCCUACAAAGACUUUGAGAAUGCCUUCUGCAAAGUCCGCCCCACUGUCUCCCAGAAGGAGUUGGACUUGUAUGUGGAAUGGGAUAAAAUGUACGGGUCCAGGCACUGACGGCAUGUGGAAAGAGGGGAGCCGAGCCUUCAGCCUCAGACUCCAGAGG